AUGGCGGUGAAGCACGGGCUCCACCGAAACAGAGCCGCCAGAUCUCAUUCCCAACUGCGUCUGUGCUUAAUCUGGAGGUUGUACAUAUUGAAGGGGGAGAGGUUUGUACUGGAAACAAGAAAAGAGAACAAACAAAGAUACUGUCAAGUCUUCAACAACAGGUUUGAUGAUUUGGCAUCAGAGGUGGAUCCAGCCAAUGUAAGGCCAAUUCAAGAAGGGGCUGUCAAUGCAUUGUUGGAAGCGGAAAAAGUUGUUGAAGCUACAAAACAAGCAAUCAAAAGGAAAAUUGCACAAGCUGCUUCUGUUGACUUCCAAUCACGAAGCCUACCGGCAAAGCUUCGUAUAGAACCGGAUGAUCCUGAGGAUGUGAAAAUUGCCAAACGCAAGAAGAUACAUGCUUUUAAGUCAAAAAUGAGGAUGGAGCAGUUGGAAGUCACUCAGAACAAGCGUCAAAAUGCUUAGCAGCAGUUCCAAACUACCAAGGCAAGACUAAGAAGAGUGGUUAUUUAUCUGGACGCAAGCGGGAGAGCAUCUUCAAGUCUCCUGACGAUCCUUUUGGAAAGGUUGGGGUGACUGGCAGUGGGAAGGGUUUGACAGACUUUCAAAAGAGAGAAAAGCAUUUGCAUCUCAAAGGGGGAGCAGCUGAGAAUGAUGAUGAGGCUCCUUAGCUCCAAAUCUACCUUCCCUGUACCUAGUCAAAAAGGUCCAGUCUGAGCUUGUUAGCUAAAAACCUUUGGUAGUAUUAAAACCUGUAAUGCUCUUACGACCGUGGUUAUUGUUGCUGUAAUAGUUUGCUUCUCCUAUUGAAUAUGUGUUUUUGUCUAUAAAUGAAUGAACGGUUUCAUAUCA